UGAAGACAAGACAUGUCGAUAGAUAGCAUAGUAGAAAAGUCUGAUAAGUUAAGCUUAGUAGAUAAAGACUUAAACACAGACUCAGACUCAGAUUCUGAGUUAGAAAUAACCAAUACUGAGAAUGGACAAUCUAAAACCAUCACUGAUAGAGCUGAGAUUGCAAAGAAAUAUGCAGACAAGAUAAAUGUUGAUCCUAUAAAGAAAGGUCCUAAAGUUACGAAAGAUAGAGCUAAUAGAGCUACUGUGGAACAAGUUCUAGAUCCAAGAACCAUGGCAUUUUUAGCAAAAAUAUUUAAUAAGAAUAUCAUAUCAAGAAUAAAUGGUUGUAUAAGUACUGGUAAAGAAGCAAAUGUAUAUCAUGGAGAUCAUGAAGAUCCAGAAGUCACCACUAAAGAAUAUGCCGUGAAAAUUUAUAAAACUUCUAUUUUGGUAUUUAAAGAUAGAGAAAGAUAUGUGGAUGGAGAAUUUAGAUUUAGAAAUACUAAAGGUCAAAGUAAUCCCAGAAAGAUGGUCAAAGUUUGGGCUGAAAAAGAAUUCCGUAAUUUAAAAAGAUUAUAUACUAAUGGGAUUCCAUGUCCUGAACCUGUAGAAUUAAGAUCACAUGUUUUAGUUAUGGAAUAUUUAACUAAGGGAAAGGGACAGCCAUCACCAAAAUUAAGAGAUCACCCUUUUAAGGAUGUUGAUGAAAUAGUUCAUUAUUAUCAACAAAUGUUAUUUUAUAUGAGAAGAAUGUAUCAAGAAUGUAAAUUAGUUCAUGCAGAUUUAAGUGAAUAUAAUUCGAUUGUUCAUAAAGAUAAAUUAUAUAUUAUUGAUGUAUCACAAUCUGUUGAACCAGAUCAUCCCAUGGCACUUGAAUUUUUAAGAAUGGAUAUUAAGAAUGUUAAUGAUUUCUUUUCUAGAAAGAAAAUCAAUGUAUAUCCUGAAAGAUUAAUAUUUAAAUAUAUAAUAGAUGAAGGUGAAUCUUUAGGACUUAAGGAUAAUAGUGAUGAAGAAUUAGGAGCUUAUUUAGAUACGUUACCUUUAAAGACAGAAAAUCAAGAUGAAGUAGAAGAUGAAAUUUUUAGAUCACUUCAUUUAGUUCGUUCAUUAAAUAAUUUAGAUGAAAGAGACUUUAAGAAAUUCUCCGAAGGUCAAGUAGAUACAUUAAAACAGUUAGUUGAUACUAAAGAUAAUGAAGAAAAAAAUGAUUCUCAAUCUGACAAUAGCGAAGAUGGAGAAGAGGAUGAUGAUGAUGAAGAAAGUGACGAUGACAGUGAAGAUGAGUCCGACAGUAGCGAAGAUGAGGGAUCUAAAGAAUGGAUUGAAAAAGAAGAAGGAACUCCUAAAGGAAAGAAAUUUGAAGAUAAAGAUGAUAAGAAGGCUAGAAAAGAAGCUGCAAAAUUAGCCAAACAAGAGAAGAGAAAAACCAAAAUGAAAAAGCACAUCAAAAAGAAGAUCAUCAAAAAGAGGCAAACAGCUAAAUAGAUAUAUGAAUACCAUAUACAUACAGUAUAUCCUAUAUAUGUAUAUAUAUAUAUAAUUAUUAUAGAAUACAUACAUUAAUCCACUAGAUAUAGAAAUUGUUGCAAC